ACGGGCGCGCCUAGGAUGCUCUGAAGGCGGCUGCCCGAAGAUGCCCAGCAGCGCCAUGGCCGACUGGGGUCUCCACGGCCUCCUCUCGCCGCUGCUGCCGGACGCCUCGUCUUGGCGACCCCGGCCGGAGCCCGCCCUCGCCCUGCUGGGCUCGCUGGCCUUGCUCUUCGUCUGGUACUGCUACCGAGUGGGCAGCGGGCAGGCGGCGGCCCGGUCUCACCACCCCCACCCGCCGGGGGCCCUGCCGGCGGAGGAGCGCUGCCCGCGCCGCCGCCGCCGCGCCCUGCUGGGGGGCUCCGAGAGCGGCGGCGGCGGCGGCGGCGUGGACCCGCGCCUCUACCGCAGCCUGCGCGACUACGCCAAGCGCUACUCGUGGUCGGGCAUGAACCGGCUGCACAAAGGCAUCCGCGACCAGGCCCACUACCAGCUGGGCGAGCGGCCGGCCAUCCAGAAGCCCAGCGCCUUCUACCUGCCGGACUUGCCCUCGGCCCCCUACUUCCCCCGCGAGUCGCAGCGCCACGACGUGGAGAUCCUGGAGCUGAGCUUCCCGGCCAUCCUGCGCGAGUUCGAGGCCGUCGCCUGGGACUUCGCCUCGGCUGGCGCCGCUGCUCCGCCGGCGCUCCCUCGGGGCUGGACGGCGAACGCCACCCCGGGCUGGCACAGCUAUGACCUCUACCGCCAGGGGGAGUGCGUGGCGCAGAACUGCCGCAGCUGCCCCUGGACGUACCGGGCCCUCUGCGCCCUGCGCACCUUCGUCAACGCCAACCGCUUCGGCAACGCCUGUUUCAGCGUCUUGCAGCCCGGCACCGUCCUACCGGGCACCUACGGGCCUACCAACACCCGCGUGCGGUGCCACUUGGGGCUGAAGGUACCUCCUGGUUGUGAGUUGGUUGUGGGCGGUGAGCCGCAGUGCUGGUCUGAAGGAUACUGCCUCCUAGUAGAUGACUCCUUCUUGCACACCACAGCCCACAAUGGUUCCCCCCCUGAUGGCCCACGGGUGAUUUUUAUCGUUGAUCUCUGGCACCCCAACGUGGCAGGACCUGAGCGACAGGCACUGGACUAUAUCUUUGCCCCUGGUCGGUAGGUGUCCUCCCUGAUCAUGUAUUGCAGUGAAGGAAACACACAUACUGUACCACCACUAGGGUUUGCUGCUCAUAAAAGGAAGAAGCCUCCCACAUUACUGCCUCGGUAUGGAAAUCCUUACUUGCACCCUAGUGCAGACUGAGCUGGAGGGCUUCCCCCACCCCUACUUUGGAGCGCUGCGCCUGAUCCGAUACCUACUUAGGGAUGUAUCACAGAAGGGGCCAUGGGGGUCACUCCAUGACCUCUUCUCAAACACUUGUCCUACAGAUCUUUGUGACAUGGAAUACCUUGGCUCCUCUUCUUGCAUUGUUUGAUCUGGACAGUCCCUCUGCUCCGUUUCCUUCUGCUGUGGAACUCAUCUUUUCAAGGUCAUUCACAUGCAGAUGCUGCUGCCUACACUGCAGGGCUAGAUGCCCUCUGAAGUCACCUGAA